UGCCUACGAGCUGCUGCGUUCCUGAAUGUACAAAGAAAGGUUAUCUGGACGAAAAUGGGAGAAAAGUUUCUCACUUCAAGUUUCCAGAUGAUCCGCUUCGACGGAAAAAAUGGCUUCACGCUAUUAGAAGAGAUCAGGGACUGUAUUUUCAGAUACAGGGUUGGACUAAAGUUUGCUCAAGGCAUUUUAGAGAGUAUGAUUUUAUCAAGAAGCUCAGCGGUAGGAGAGAUCUGCGACCGAAUGCCGUUCCAUCGCUGUUUCCUUGGACUCGAACCUCUCCGCAAGCGGAAAGCUCCCACCGAUCGCGAACAAAUUGCCGCAACAAGCCGAGUUCUCCUUUCCGAAAUUGAAGCGGUAGAAGAAACGGUAGAAACAGAAAACGCUACAUGCAAUGAACAAAGAGGAACGAGUGAUACUGAUGCUAUCACCAAACAGGAUGUGACGACGCAAACAAAUGAAAUUGAGUCCACGGAUAACAGCGAAACAGAAAUGAAUCAGCAAUUGAUUGACCUAAAAUCUAAACUUGAGAAGGCAAAUCAGCGCAUUGAGUCUCUUCAAAAGCAGAUGUUUACAGUCGAUAGGUUUAGAGGUGAUGACUCCUCUAUCAAGUUUUAUACUGGUUUUCCAAACUGGGAUACAUUUGAUGCUGUUUUCAAAUACUUAAAUCCAGGAAAUGAAGGGCAAAAUAUAUCUUACUGGGUCUCAAAGCUAAAUUUGAAUGUAUCAGCAGCAGUGUAUGAGGGUGAAAAUGAAGAACUAUUCAGAAAAAGAGGAAGAUCAAGAUCGUUGAGACCAAUUGACGAGGCUUUUGCAGUCAUGUGCAGACUGAGGCAAGGGUUUGCUGAAGAACAUUUGGCACAUCUUUUUCAAGUUUCACUAUCGACAAUCAGUCGGAUUUUUAUAACGUGGAUUAAUUUUAUGUAUUUGAAACUUGGUCAACUAAACAUUUGGCCCACACGUGGGGAGGUAAAUGAGACCAUGCCAGAAGAUUUUAAACACAAAUACAGUUCCACGAGAGUUAUCAUAGAUUGUACUGAGGUCAGAUGUCAAAUGCCCAGUAGUCUCCACUUAAAUGGGGAAUUAUUUAGCAACUAUAAACACCACACAACCCUGAAAGGGUUGAUUGGCAUUUCCCCUGGUGGAGCAAUUACUUUUAUUAGCCAAUUGUAUACUGGGAGUAUUUCUGAUAGGGAAAUAGUAGUAAGAAGUGGAUUGUUAGAUUUGCCAUUCCAGGAAAAAGAUUCUAUCAUGGCUGACAAGGGAUUUACGAUACAGGAUUUGCUCCCUUUGGGAGUAUCACUAAACAUCCCACCCUUCCUCGGAAGCUCUGCACAAAUGCCAGCAACUGAUGUAGUGCGCACUCAAGAAAUUGCCAGUCUACGCAUACAUGUUGAGCGAGCAAUUAACAAAAUAAAAAAUUUUCACAUUUGGGACAGGGUUGUACCUCUCCACCAGUUUGGUGUUGUAAAUCAAAUGUGGGCAGUUUGUGCAAUUUUAUGCAAUGCCCAAUCCAAUAUCAUUUCUAUUUAA